AUGAACCCGGUCGGCAACUGUAGUGAAACUGACGCCUUCCGAUCUUGCACGGUCAAUUCACAAGAUGUUCGAACGCCCAGCUUAGGUAAGAGUUUGCGUCCGGAUGCUGCCAUAUGUCACCUUGCCAAUCCUUUGCUCGCUGGCGAGACUGUUCGAUGCUCGAUUCGUUGGAACGUGGUUGGACAUCAGCUGACCGUACAGAUGGCUCAUUUUUAUGUGAACAGCUCAGUCAUUCUAGGUUCAAGUGAACUGGCGGAUGUAGUCGGUACCCUAACCAAUGAACUUCGAGUCAAUAUUAAAAUGGUAGUCAACGUCUCCAUCUCUGGAUCGGUGGAACCAAGCACGGCUUAUUUCUCCGGUAACGUCAGUGAUGGUAUCAGUUCGAUUGUGGCUGAAAAUCACAUCGGAAAUACUCGACUACUGGCCAGAUUUACAGUUCGCAAUCUUCGCAGACACAGUCUGAUCCCUGCAUCUCGAUUGAUAAUUGACUGGCCGUAUGAAGUUGCUGGUGAUGUCACCGAACCACAUGGCAAGUACUUAUUGUACCUUCUGGAGAUCCCCCGUGUCAUACAAAACCUGCCAACCAAUCCGGAGGAACAUCUGGUUAACACCACAUCGGUGGUUUGCGAUUCUCAAGCCCUGGAAAAACUAGUCAAUCCACACCAUUAUCGGGUAAGGAAUAUUAGCCUGAAGCUUUAAGGAGUUCCCGUUCGGACUGAACCGGUUGAUUUACCUUCAAGUCAUCCCGUCGACUAUCCACCUUUGUCUUCGCAUUUGACUCUCGAACCAGUUCCCGCUCGUUUAUCCGAUACCAAAUCUCAAGUGAAACGGAAAAUGACUACGGUGAGCUGCUAUAAUGGAGCACUUCGCUGUAUCCCCAUUGCAUGCGAUCUUGGAAAACUAUCCUACAAGGCCGGGCCAAUCACUCUGCAAUUCAGUGCCAGGCUGUGGGAUAACACCAUGCGACAGGACUUCAAAGAUAUCUUUCUAACAAAACUUCGAUUAUCGGCCACUUGGCGAGCCGAUGUGAAAUACGGUAUCGAUCUGGACGGAUUGGAUCAUGCUCAGGAAGCGGUGGAACUACAGAUAUUUAACAAUCUGGAACCGAAACCUGUACCGCCAAGGUAUAUGGCACUUUAUAUUGGAUUAGCUGUGUUCGGAGGUGUUCUUCUGUUAGCCCUACUCGUCCUGAUUCUUUACAAACCAAGCCCACCCGGAACCAUUCUGUACGCCUGUUUAUUGCCUAGCCUUUAUCCUGAUUCGGAAAGGCCAUUGGUGAUGAUGAGACAUGACGAAGUAGCCUCCCAGCAGGAUGUGCGAUUUCCGUCGUUUUUUGUCGUGAUGGUUGUUAGUGGUGGCUGCGGUGGUGAUGGUGGUGGUGGUGGUGGUGGUGAUUCGGAUGAUGAUGAGGAGGCUGAUGAGGAAGAGAAGGAGGAGGAGGAUGGUAUUGUGGCAUCUUGA